UAUGGCUAAGGCAUGGCUAAGGCAGCUCCUGCACUGCUUACAGUCCACGUUAUGAAAGAUAGUAUUGGAUUAACGGUGUAAAUGUCGUGAUAACAGCAUACCCACAGACCUUCUCGUCAAUGGCCAUGCUGUGGUCAAAGGUCUCUGCUGCUCUGCCUCAUAAUGAGGAACAGCUUCCACUGCAGUUCAGCGACAAAGUGGAGUCAAGUGUGGUGGAAAUGCUGAAGCGGUCUCGUCGGCAGCUUUACAGCGACACCUCCAGCGCCAGCCGGACGCUUACCGCUCAGAUCAUUCUGGAUUUCUCGUGGGAGAAACUGAACACGGGAACAUGGCGCCAUGUGGACAAAGAGUGGAGACGCGUGUAUUCCUACGGCUGCCUGUUCAAAGUGGCCGCUCUGUGCCGGGACAAUCCGUCGGCAGAUGAUGUCGUGCAGGCCGUGAGGACUUGUGACAUGGGUUUACUCAUGGGGGCGGCCAUCUUGGAUAACAUACUUCAGGUUAUUGUUCGGAUUCUGCAAGAAGAAGUCAGGAAAUCCACUAAACCAGAAGAGGAACGUGAACACGCUGAAGUCAAGAGAGUGAAGAUGGAGUGCCCACGUGUUCCCGUGAUCAAAGAGGAGUCAGCAGUUCCCAGGAUAAAGUGUCCUUCACUGGAGAGCUUCAGCACCAACUACCUGCUCCCCCUCAAACCAGUGGUUCUAGAGGGGAUCAUUGAGCACUGGCCCGCCCUCAACCAACACCCCUGGAGCAUAGCGUACCUGAGGUCUGUGGCCGGCUGUCGGACGGUUCCUGUUGAGGUGGGGUCCAGGUACACGGACGAGGAAUGGUCACAGACACUGCUCACGGUCGAUGAGUUCAUUGAUCGAUACAUUUUGAAUAAAGAGGGAGUGAAAGGUUUGGGUUAUCUCGCUCAACACCAGCUCUUUGAUCAGAUACCAGAGCUGAAGGAAGACAUCCGUCCUCCUGACUACUGCUGUCUUGGUGAAGGAGACGAAGACGACAUCACUGUUAACGCGUGGUUUGGGCCCGGAGGUACGGUGUCUCCUCUUCACCAAGACCCUCAGCAGAACUUCCUGGCUCAGGUGGUGGGAAGCAAAUACAUUCGCCUAUAUUCCCCAGAGGACACAGACAAGCUGUACCCUCAUCAAUCACAGCUCCUUCACAAUACCAGUCAGGUGGAGGUGGAGAAUCCGGACGGGGAGCGCUUCCCGGAGUUCGCCCGGGCUCCGUAUCUGGAAUGCAUGUUACAGCCCGGAGACGUGCUGUUCAUCCCCGUCCAACACUGGCAUUAUGUCCGAUCCUUAGAGCUCAGCUUCUCCGUCAGCUUCUGGUGGUCGUGACUGCAGAUCCAUGAGUAAAAAAUAAAGUUAUUUUUGUACAGAA